UAAUUUCUCCUUCCAAUGAGGUUACAACUGUUAUUCAAAUCUAAUUGCUUGUUUUAACCAACCCCACCGGGUAAAAAUAUUUUACUCCUAUGGCUAUAUAUAGUCCGCCAAGUACCUUCUUUCCUUCAUACUUAGAACAAGAAUAUGGAGAUUCCGGUGAUCGACUUUAGUAAGCUUGAAGGUGAGGAUAGAAGUGCAACCAUGGCACUUCUCCAUCGCGCUUGUGAGAAAUGGGGCUUCUUUAUGAUAGAGAACCAUGGAAUUGACACUAACCUGAUGGACAAUGUGAAGCAGCUCGUGAUUCAGCACUAUGAAGCCAAUAUGAAGCAACGGUUCUAUGAAUCAGAGCUACCUAUGAGCUUAGAGAAGAAAGAAAGCAUCAGCAACACAGACUGGGAAAGCACCUUCUUUCUUUGGCAUCGUCCAAGUUCUAACAUCUAUGAGAUUGAAGGUCUUUCAAAGGAUCUUUGCAAAGCAGUAGAUGGAUACAUUGAUCAGUUGAUCAAACUUGCAGAAAAUCUUUCAGAACUUAUGUGUGAGAAUCUUGGCCUAGAAAAGAGUUACAUUAAGGAAGCAUUUUCAGGAAGCCAGGGUCCUUCUGUUGGAACAAAAGUGGCAAUAUAUCCUCAAUGUCCACGCCCUGAAUUAGUCAGGGGAUUGCGUGAGCACACAGAUGCUGGUGGUAUCAUUCUCUUACUCCAAGACGAAAAAGUUCCUGGUCUGGAAUUCUUCAAAGAUGGACAUUGGGUGAAAAUUCCACCUUCCAAGAACAACAGAAUUUUUGUAAACACUGGUGAUCAAAUCGAAAUUUUAAGCAAUGGGAUGUACAAGAGCAUUCAACACCGAGUGAUGGCUGAAAAGGAUGGGAACAGACUUUCCAUUGCCACCUUUUACAACCCUGCAGGUGAGGCCAUCAUUUCUCCAGCAUCAAAGCUCUUGUAUCCCUGUCAUCUCCGCUUUCAGGAUUAUUUGAAUCUUUAUUCCAAAACCAAGUUUGCGGAAAAAGGCCCCAGGUUUGAGUCCGCAAAAACAUUGGCGAACGGGCACUGAAGUCUUCACAUUGAAAAAAAUAAGUUUAUGCUAUUGUUACUUAUCAUUUGAGUGCCCUCUUUUUCGUUUUUUCCUCUCUCUGUUUGGGCCUUCUUUGUGGUUAUAGUUCAAGAGAAGCUAAUGUAUAUAAGCUUCCUUUAUCAUGUAGAUCUCGUUAAAAGUUUAAGGUCAAAGUUAGAAUUGCUUUGAAAGGUCGUUAUUUAUAGAACAAUGACCUUGCAGAAGAGCAAAAAUAAGAUGAUAAUAUUUUGGUUGUAUCAAUGAAAGAAAAACAACUCCAGAGAGCAUAACAAUCUUUUACC